CUUGUAUACAUCUAGACACAUGUAUGCAUGUAUAGAGUGGUAUAGAGCAGCACAUUAUUACUACUACUUACUUAUAGACUCUCCACUUAGGAAUUUUAAAAAAAUAUUAGUUUGCCCAUUUGUUUUUGCCAUUUAGUUUCUAUCGUUUCAAUCGUAAUGUUCGGAUUUUAUUGAUUGACAAUCGCCUUAUGAUACUCGAGUGCAUAACAAUUAAAAAGACAAUUAUUAAAUUAUCAUAAAUAGUGCCUGAUAAAAAUAAUAUUUUAUAGCCAUUAUGCCUAGUAAAAAUGAUAAUUUAAGAAAGCGUAAGCUGAUUACAGACAGUCACGAAAAAAAACCAAUCAAGAAGAUUCACAACAAACAUGGUCCAAAAACAAGUCAAAAUGCUGGUUUAUUCUUUAGUUUUAUGUGCCUAGUUGUCACUGUAACAAUUCUGAUCAUUUUCUUUGGCAUAUAUACAGACUCAUUACAUCCCAUUAUCGAUACAAUUGCAACUCAACUCGGAUAUUCCGAGAAGCAAUAUGGAGCAAUUUUUGACGCUGGAUCGACUGGAAGUCGUGUAUUGGCAUUUGAGUUUCAUAAAGCCUAUCUUGACGGACGACUAGUGCUAGAUAAUGAAUUAUUUAAGGAAUUGAAGCCUGGUCUUUCUUCAUUGACGCCUGAGAAAGGAGCUAUUCAGAUUAAGCAGCUAUUGGAUGAAGCGAAACAGUUCAUUCCUGAGCAAUAUUGGCCCAAUACACCGAUAGCUUUAAAAGCAACAGCUGGAUUAAGAAUGUUAGGUGCCAGUAAAUCAGAAGCAAUUCUUCAAGCUGUAAGAGAUAUUUUCACCGAGUCUGGAUUCAUGACAAAUGAUCAUUCCGUUGAAAUAAUGGAUGGAACUGACGAGGGAAUCUUCUCGUGGUUUACUGUCAAUUACUUAUCAAAUCGCUUGACAUCGAGGAACACGGCAGCUGCACUUGACUUAGGUGGCGGUUCCACUCAAGUUACUUACGAGUUGAAUGAAAUUCAACCGAGUUAUAAGGAUUUUAUUCACCCUGUGCCUGUUUUUAAUUCAGAAGUAAAUGUCUUUACAAAUAGUUAUCUUGGACUUGGAUUAAUGGCUCUAAGACACGCUGUGAUUUCCUAUCAGAAGGCUGAUAAUCAGACAUCGUUUGAAAAUGAGUGCGUUAAUCCUAUCGUUAAGAAUAAAUCAUGGAUUUAUCAAAAUAAUGAAUAUUCGGUAUCUGGAAAGGAGAAUAAGAAGGCAUCGCCUGAUAAUCCCGAAGUUGAUUUUGAAACAUGUGUAGAAUCUGUAAAGCGUCAAGUGAUGCCACUUUUAAAGCCAAAGCCAAUACGCAUACAAGAGCAUAUUAUUAAUGCAUUUUCAUACUAUUAUGAUCGUGCAAUAGAAACAGGAAUGGUAGAUCCAUUUUUAGGUGGCGAAGUGACAGUUGCUGACUUUACAAAGAAGGCACGCGAAUCGUGUGCAACUGCAAAUACAGACCAACCAUUUAUGUGUUUGGAUCUUGUCUACAUAUCAGUUCUUCUUCAGGACGGUUUUGGCUUGAAUCCACAAACAAAUAUCAGACUUUUCAAAAAGAUUCGUGGACAUGAAGUAAGUUGGGCCCUAGGGUGCUUCUUCCAGAAUUACAUUACUCUACAGCAGAAAAUGAAGCGUGCAUCAAACUAGGACGAUUAGCAAGAAUAGCGCCAUAAUCAUAAAUCACAAAAUGACAUAGAAAUUGAAUAUUGACACAACUUUUCACAACUCACCCAAUACACACUGUGCAUGCGACAAUUUUCACAUUUAAUAAUUAAUAGUUAAACGUACAGGGCAAAUUUCGUUAGAUUAAAAUGAAUGAAAAUGAAAUAAAUCAAAACUAUGGGAAUUGAGUUUGUAAUUUUUUUACUUCUGUUCUUUUCUAACCUUCUGUUAAUGUGUAAAACCUGUUGAUAUUUUAUUGAUGCGGGUUUUUGAUAUUGUAUUUUUAUUAUGUGAAAUAUAUACCUUUAAUAAUGAACUAAGUUCUCGUGAUGUCGGUGGGAAUCUUACAAUUGUGAAUGAAUAAUUGACGAAAAUUUAACGGAUAUUUGAUAUUUUAAAAAUAUUUCUCGCGACUUUUUAUACCAUAUCAAUUUGAAUUUACGGGAACCGUUAAAUUUUUUCGACCAUUUUUGAUGUUACUAAUUCGUGAAAAGAAAUUCAUUAAAAUUUCAGUAUUGAUAAUUUUAUUUUUAAACGAUUAGAUUAUUAUCAAAUAAAUACACUUUUAAUAAUGACCUCAUUAAUUACUGCACAUUAAAUCGUGUUUUUAAU